AUGGCUACUAGCACAGGAGGAGGUUACAGACAAUUGGAUCGUGGAUAUUCAAUGCGAAAGUGCCUGCAACAAGGACCACGACUAUGCUUAAUCCACCGACUCUGCUCCGUGGGUACUGGUACAGUACUAAGGAGGAUUCGAGUCGAACAACGGCGCCAAGGCAGAUGGAUGGAUAUUGCUGUGGUUCAUGCCGCCAUCACGUCAGAUGGUUCGUCCUACCAGAGGCUACUGUACGGUGCCGAGUUACAGUAUGAGUUAUCCAGAGUCAUCAAUCACAGGCCAAGAUCAAAUCAGGCCAGACCCAGACCAGACCCAGACCCAGACCCAGACCCAAGCUGCGCAACCACACCAUCUGCGAGUGGCACCGCAUCACAAGAUCCAGACAAAAAACCAACAACGACGGCUGUGCCUGAAAGCGGCCUAAGGCGAAGCGUCUUUUGCUCCGAGCACGAGGGCUAA